AUGCUUCCGCGGGGAGCAGCCAUCGUGCCUGUGGCGAUAGUGUCGGUCUGCGCUGUCGCUCUUCUCAUCCUUCAUGGCCAACCUCUCCUCAGUCAUCUCCUGGGUGACAAUGGCCCGAUGAAGAAGCACAUCGACACUGCCAAGGGUCAUCUGGUGGUCGCGAUGGUCAAAGGCCGAGAGGCUCGCAUCAAUUUCCUCUCUCCAGUCUUGCAAAUUCUUGUGGGAGUGACUGCAUUCCUCUCGUCGCUGGUCGCUGCGGACCGUCUCUUCCACUUUUACGUUGCGUUGUACUGGAGGUUCUCUAAGAAGCGCCCGGAGGAAGCUUUCGAAGCGAACUCCUUGCCAGAUCCCGCGACCUGUCCUGAAGCCUUUCCCAAAGUUGUUGUUCAGAUUCCUAUGUUCAACGAAAAAGAGGUGUGCGAACAAGUGAUUGACUCAUGUUGCAAUUUGAUAUGGCCAAGAUCGCGCCUGUACAUUCAGAUAUUGGACGAUUCAACCUGCCCCAUUACUCGCAGCAGGGUGGUGAAGAAAGUGGCCGAAAAGGUAGCUCUAGGAAUUCACGUGGAAGAUCGCUGGAGAUCCAAUCGGCAAGGAUAUAAAGCUGGUGCAAUGAUGGAGGCUGAGAAGGCAAUUGGAGAUUACGAAUUCACUGCCAUUUUUGACGCGGACUUCAGCCCAGAGCCUGAAUUCCUCCUUAAGACAAUCCCGUAUCUCAUUGACAAUCCACGGGCUGCGUUUGUCCAAACGCGCUGGGUGUUCGCCAAUGCGGAUGAGUCCGUCUUGACUCGAGUCCAAGAGAUUUCUCUCAAUUAUCACCUGAAGUGUGAACAGUAUGCCAGAUUUGCUACGGGCAACUUCUUCAACUUCAAUGGAACGGCUGGAGUAUGGAGGCUCUCUGCAAUCAAGGAUGCAGGCGGUUGGAACAACAGGACGACUGUUGAGGACAUGGAUCUCUCUCUUCGAGCUUACAUUAGAGGCUGGAAGUUCAUAUUCUUGAAUGACGUAACGUGUGUUAACGAGAUUCCAUCAACAUAUGCAGCCUUCAGGCACCAACAGCACCGCUGGAGCUGUGGGCCGAUGCAACUCUGGAGAAAAGCUAUGGAUCAAGUUUGGGAAUCGGAGGUAAUGGCUUUCACUCCAAGGUCGUGGCUGUACGCUGUACCUUUUGUUCUAUUUGAGAAUGCCAUGAGCAUUGUCAAGUUCUCGGCGAUGGUCUCUGGAAUCCUGGGCCUAUCCACUGCACAUUCAUGGGUUGUUACCCAGAAGCUUGGGAACUGGGUCCAGACUGAUGCAGCAACCGCUAAGACAGGGCUGGCAAAGUAUUUGGGGAAGGCUGGGGCUUUACCACAUAGUCUGAGUCUUCCUGUCAUUUCUGAAAGCCUGGUGAAGCAAGGAGCUGAUAAAGCCAAGCCGAAGAAGUCUAAGAGCUCUUGGUUCAACCGCACGUAA